CACUGCAUCCCUAGAGACCAGCCGUCUUCACCUGCGGUUUUGGUCAAUUAAUCUUGACACCGCCUGAACAACUCCGACCCUAUAUCCCUCAAAUGUCCUCCUUCCAGCCAGCGUCCUACCGACAUGGCACACCUAUUUGAAUCUCAGUGGGUUGUCGUCCAGGAGAAGACGUUCAAGAAAUGGCUGAACAGUAAACUGAAGCAAAGAGAAGUUGAAAUCAAAGAUCUUGUACGAGAUCUUUCCGACGGAGUCAUUCUCGUCCACCUUCUCGAAGUCCUCAGUGGCGAAUCGCUCGGAAGAUAUGCAUCGAAGCCUAAAUUACGAGUGCAGAAGUUCGAGAACGUGAAUAAAUGUCUGGACUUUAUCAAGGCAAGAGGCAUACAGUUGACCAAUAUUGGCGCCGAAGAUGUAGUCGACGGAAAUCGAAAGAUCAUUCUCGGUCUGAUAUGGACGCUUAUUCUACGCUUCACGAUCAGUGAUAUCAAUGAAGAAGGUCUUAGCGCUAAAGAAGGUCUGCUUCUGUGGUGCCAAAGGAAGACUGCUUGCUACGAUGAAGUCGAGGUCCGGGACUUCUCGACCAGUUGGAACGAUGGACUGGCAUUCUGCGCCCUUCUAGAUAUUCACCGUCCAGAUCUGAUCGACUAUGACAGCUUGGACAAGAACGACCAUCGCGGAAACAUGGCAUUGGCAUUCGACAUCGCUACAAAUGAAAUCGGCAUCCCAGAUCUUCUUGAUGUCGAGGACGUGUGUGACGUUGCGAAGCCAGAUGAAAGAUCACUGAUGACGUAUAUUGCAUACUGGUUCCACGCAUUUUCACACAUGGAGAAAGUUGAAAAUGCUGGCCGGCGAGUAGAGAAGUUUGUCACCAAUAUGCAAGGGGCUUGGGAGAUGCAGAAUUCCUUCGAGCGGCGGAUGAGAGAGCUGCUUCAGCAGAUCGCUCAGCAGAGGCAACAAUGGGAUGAGGCCGAGUUCGACGGUAGCUACACCAACGCGAAACAACACGCGGCUGUGCUCGCUGAUUUCAAGCGCAAACAAAAGCGGACAUGGGUGGCAGAAAAGACAGACCUGGUUAACUUGCUCGGCAACAUUAAGACAAAGCUUAGCACAUACCGUCUGUUGCCGUACAGCCCUCCACCAGAGCUUAGUCUUGAGGCUCUGGAUCGUGCUUGGGCAGGACUAAUGAAGGCCGAAAGAGAUCGAAGUCAGCUGAUCAACGAGACCAUUAGGGAUAUCAAGGACAAGUUACGCCGGGACUUUGCAGAUCGGGCGAACAGCCUUGCACUUACAAUGAGCACGAUAUCCACUUCCAUAUCUGGGCUAGACGGCGACAUCGAGGACCAAUUACAGCAUGCGAAGAGCCUUAACGAACAUCUUCCGCCACUUGACGAGUACUUACAAAUGAUCAAAGCCAUCGAUGAGCGUUGUGUCGAGGCGAACAUCGAAGAAAACGACUACACUACGUACACGUAUGACGAGCUGGAGUACGAGCUCGGACUGGUGCGAUCUAGCGUUUCGAAGAAGUUGGCUUUUCUCGAGAAUCAGCUUGUGGCACGAAACAUGACCAAUUUGACGCCCAUACAGCUAGAGGAGUUUGAGUCGGUGUUUCGACAUUUCGAUCGCGACCUCAGUAACUCAUUGCAAGAGAUUGAGUUUUCCGCAGCGCUUGCCAGUCUUGGCCUUGUGUACGACGAGCAAGAGAUGCACGAAAAAUUCAAGGAAAUCAGCGGCGGACGUUCUUAUGUCACGUUCGAGCAGUUCAUCAGGUUCAUGGUGGACGUGACGGAAGACCAGAACACCGCCGAGCAAGUCUUCGAGAGUUUCAAGGAGGUCGCGGACGGCAAGCCGUACGUGACGGAGCUGGACCUCCGACACUCUCUCAUCCCGGACGAGCUUGUGGAAGAGCUGGUCAGGACGAUGCCACCACACAAGGGCGCUGGCACAGAGGAAGACCGCAAUCUACCGAAAUACGACUACGUGACGUUUAUGGAGCGGUACAUGGGCGGGCCUAGUCAAGAACAAGGCCUUCAGUCAACAGGCAUAGGUGGAACACGAGCACGCUCAGCAUCCCCAACCAAGCUAGCUAACGGGCAGUACCAGUCCAUAAACGGGAACAAUUAUCAAGGCAGCUUGGCGCCAGGGGAGAGGCAGUACAUUGACAUAUUUUGAAGCGGGAGGGGAAAGAAAGAGAGACUGCGACUUGGGCAAACAGGUUUCUAUUGCUGACGGGCGGACGACUGUACAUGACAUGUUUUUCCCCUUGUGGAUAUGCAUAAUGGCGAAAGCGUUCGGCGUUACUAUGUGCUUAAUUGAUGGUUGGGGGGAGGGAGGAGGGGGUGGUGUCGCGAUGCUGCGAAGCGUCGUAGCAUGUGUGCAGUUUGGUUUCUUAUGGCGCUAUCAAGGAGGAGAGAGCACCGAGCAAAGGCAGUUGGUCAACCUCAUUCCGUUUUUGAUUAAAGGCAGACGUAGAUACCUAAUGCAAAAAGAGCAUAUCUAGUGC